CACCCUUGUGAACUUUAAUAUAUACAGUAUAAAUAAACUAUCAUAAUAUCACUCCUAUAUAUCUCAAAAGCAUUUCCCUUGAGUUCAAGUAGCCAUGGGAGUAGCACAAGCUAAUCAAAUGUGGUUCCAUCUCACGAUCAUCGUCUACUCCGUCUCCAUUUCUUCGAUUUCUAGCUCUGAAUUAAAUUGUGUAUACUCAGUUUACAUUCGAACUGGGCAAUUCUUUGCGUCUGGAACUGACUCAAAAAUUAUCUUAACUCUUUACGAUGCGGAUGGAUAUGGACUUAGAAUCAAAAACCUACAAGCGUGGGGUGGGCUUAUGGGCGAAGGUCACGACUACUUUGAAAGGGACAAUUUGGAUAUGUUUACUGGUCGUGGUCCAUGUUUGAAUGGUCCAAUCUGUAAAAUGAACUUGACUUCUGAUGGUACAGGGCAACACCCUGGAUGGUAUUGUAAUUACGUUGAAGUUACUUCUACAGCAGAGCACAAACGAUGCAACCAGAAGUUGUUUACCGUCGAGAGUUGGCUUGGUGCUGAUGUUUUUCCAGAUGGGCUAACGGCUAUUAAGAACAACUGUGGCCGUAAGUCAGAUGAGCAAUUCUCUAUUUACGAUUCUCAGUCCUAUCAUGUUGUUGAUGUAAUUUAAUUUGAGCUUAUAGUGCUUUGUUCCCCCAGGCUCAGAAUUUCUCUGUUUCUGUUUGUCUACUUUUUUCCCCUUUUCCCUUUUUCAAUUCAAAUACCUCACAUUGUGAGUAAUUUACAUGUUGAUCUGAUAUUGUAUGAUUUGUACAUGAAGGUCAAUUAGGCCAAUGGCAUGAGUGAUACAUAACUGGAAGGAUAAUUUCCCCUUCAUAA